CCUGCCGAUGCCGCUGGCGGUGACGGUGACGGGGCCUGUGUGGACGGAUGAGGUGGCCGGAGGAAAGCGCAGAGCAGGAGAAGGGGGCUCAGGGCGGGCAGGAGGGCAACAGGGCAACAGGGCAACAAGGACUCUGGUGCAGGCUGGCUACGAUUUUGAAGCCAUUGAAAAAGCACGGUCUGACACGCUGCUGCUGCCCCUAUCUUCAGCCACUCCCUUGCCACGGCGACUCUCGGACACAGCAUGCAGGCGGACGGAGCCAACACGCUUGUGCCAGACACUGUGAAGUCGUGCACGAACUGCCGCAAAAAGAAGGUGAAAGUAUGUUCCGGGAGAUGAGUCCCGUUGUUUGUAUGCCCGCCAGCUGCGAUACUAACAUGGAUGCCUGGGGCUCCCCGUUGCCCAUCCGCUUUUCCACAGUGCCAAGGAGAAUUGCCAUGCUGCUACCGCUGCAGCAAGUGGGGCUUGGCGUGCGACAUGCCGCAGAACGUGUUCUACACGUACUCCACGGUCAGCACGCUACUUGAGAAGAUCGAUGGCUUGAACGCCGUCCUUGGCCGGCUGCAGCCCUCACAGUCGGCGGCGUCCACACACUCCACGCUCGUGAACCACGGGCUCUCGGACGCGGACAACCUGCCCAUCUCCAUCGAGGAGCUUUCCAACGAGGUGGGCUCAUUGACGACGUCGAGCAACGACGACCUACAGGGCAAGUACAUUGGCGCAGCGACGGGCUCGAACUUCGCCAAGAUGUUCCUCCGACAGAUGCACCUGCAGAAGUUGGACGAGUUGGACCACUUGUCGAUCUCCGACUUCGCAACCGCAGAUCCCAGCGUGCACAUGCUCUCCAAGUCGUGCGCCCCGCUUCCCCCCUACGCCAUUGCCCGGCUGGCGACAAACAACUACAUCAACUACAUCCAGGUCUACUACCCUGUUCUCAUGACGAAAAGCUUCUUGGACCUCCUAACUCGAAUGUACAGCUCGCCCAAGGAUCUGACGCACCACGAAAAGUACGUCGUGUUCAUGGUGAUAGCCUUGGGAUUGGACAGAGGCGAGAAGGACCCCAGAUUGGUGAACUACUACAACCAGUUCAAGCCCGUGGAGUUCUUCAACACCGCCCAGAGGUAUCUGGAAAAGCUGCUCCCCGUGAGGUCUUUUCAAACCCUACAGGAGCUAAUACUCCUGACCAUCUGGCUGAACAACACCAACGCGUUUAACGACGAUAAUGGAGACCUCUGGUAUCUUGGGAGAUACAUGAUGACGUUGGCUAUGGAGAUGGACCUUCAGAAAAAUAGACCCGAGCAGAAUGCCUUGGAGUCGAAGCAAGAGUUGAGAAAUAGGUUGUUUUGGUCAACCUAUAUAUUGGAAAGAGCCAACGCAGUCAAAUUCGGACGUGGGUUAUCUUUGAGAAAGCAGGACAUCGAAACGGAGUCCCCGAAAUUCAUCGUCGAUGAUGACCUAUCCGCCGACGCCUCGCUAAAUGACUACAACCAGGUCAAAUUCACACCAUGUUUGAUCUCUAUCGAGCUAUACGAAAUAUAUGGCGUUUUGUUGGAAACAAUCUAUAUUUCUAGGACCAAGGGGUCCAAGCCUAUUCUAAGUGACGAAACCAUACGAGACUACAAAUUUAGAAUCCAAGAGUCGGUCUCUCAUCUUUUGACGAAAAUAGAAAACGAAAUACCAAAAGACCUCAUCUGCUAUCACGAAUUGAGAAUCAGAGCUCAUAUCGCUUCCGUCUUGUUGAACAGGCCCUCGCCUUCCUAUCUAUCUCCUGACAUUGAGUCAUUGGUGCAAUGCAAAGAAGAUUGCCUGCGUUGCAUGGACUCAUUCAAGUUUCUAAUGAGCACAAUAUGGAAAAGUAGUCCUUCCUGUUUGCACGACUUGGUCAACGUGAGCUUAACUAUGAUUUUUUGUUGUUGGAAAACAGAGCCAAAUUCAGAACGUUUAAAGAUUUUUUCAACUGACACCCUUAACGUGAUGAACGAGAUCAUCAAAACCUAUCCAAGUUUCAUAAAGUUCAAAAAUCUUUACAUCGUUGUUUCUUCGAUUAUCAUCAAUGGAUUCGACAAUAAAGCGGAUGACGGCUCCCAGGCAGCACAAUUUGCAGGUGAUGUUUUCUCUGACGUUCCAUCUCCACUGCAACAGCUGAAGGCAAAUAUGUUGCAGAACGUUGGUCACAACUAUCCAACCCAACCGCAACACAGAGCAGAUGCAAAACGACGCUUCACUCAAACAGAUCAAUCUCCCUCUUAUUUCUCGCCAGUCACUUCAUCACAGCUUCAACUACAACCCCAACACUUUCCAAUAAAGUUCAAAGACUCGCAGAGCUUCCAACAGGAUCCAGUCGGACUGCAACAGCAACAACAACUACAACAAUUCACCACCACCCAGCCAGCACAGAAUAAGGACAAAAUGCAACAUUCACAACGCCACUCAUACCAAUAUAACAUGCCAUCGGGUAACAUUCCUGACAACCCGAGUGUUAUGGACACUCUGACUCAAGAACUCUUUCAGGACGUUUUCAAGCAGUACUACUUUCAAGGUAACGAUACUGUCAGGGAGGACAUUGAUCAGCUUUUUGAAUUCCAAAGGUUUAACUGGACGUAGCCUAUUAAUCAGUGAAUAGUUGUUAAUUUAUUUUUCCGCCUUUUGGACAGUCGGAGCGCUACACUGUACGUAUUUACUUUACAUAUAUUCUGGAUAUUCGAUUAAAAUAAAAUAAAAUGAAAUGCCACUUAGAUUAGCGUAGGAAAAAGCAUUGUUGUACAAAAGAAGUCAGAUGGGAAUUAUAACAGUUCUAGAAAGUGUAACGGAAGUGUUUGUUUUCAUGGUCAGUAAGAUCCU